AUGGUUAUCACGAAGGGAACUGAUGAAAAAUUACCAUACUUAGUUAUUCCAAAAAUUUUUUUGGUGACAUUCCAAAUUUAUAUCAUCCAAGGCCUUUUACUCGUCAUUUCCAAUGGCAGUGUUGUAUAUGCAUUAGCCAGACAUCGGCAUCUCAGACGACGAUAUGUAAUUUUGAUGGCACAGGUUUUCGCGGACACAUUAAUGGGAAUUGGCCUGUGUAGUGCCGGAAUUGGCCGGCUCGUUACGAUGUUAACUGGGAGCUCUAUCACAAACAGGCAACACUGCUUGCUGAUGCCCUGGAGCAUAAUUGUGGUAUGGUGA